AACCCAAGUGCUUGCCAUGUAAUAAUAAGUUACAAGAAGAAUUUUACAUUACCUUCCAGUGAGUGAUGGGAAGAAACUUAUUUAGCAGGUGAACUGUGAAAAUAAACAGAAUAAGGGCUAUGACAGCUCAACUCCCAAAACGGCCGAUUUGGCGCUACCAUCGCGUCGUGCCUCGCCCCUGCCAACUUGAAAGCCAUCAUAAAUUUUAAAAAAAUUUGACGGCUUUCGAAGUCCAGUAUGCCGGUGUUUAGUGUGUCUCCUAGGUUUGUCUUUGUCCAAGUUUAGUGCAAUAAAAAUCACCAUGAGACUAAAGUGUUGUGUUAGUGGUUGUAAAGCAACAAAUGAGACACAUCGACUUUUUGUAUUUCCUAAGAAGGAUAUGCUUAGGAAUUUGUGGAUGUCUUUUCUUGUGCCUACGAAUCCUCUUCUUCUCGGUCUGUCAAAAGAGCAACUGCUCAGGAAACGCGUGUGUGAAAAACAUUUCGACAAACAUCAGUUUGACAAGUUUAAAGGCAAAAGGCUUCGGUUUUCGUAUCCUUGCCUAUUUACGGAUGACGAAAUAACACACGGUGAACCCCUUGCAGCAGUUGGAACAGUGCGAAAUGCUCUGAGCGACCACAAUUAUUUUAAAGACCAAGAUGAUGAGGAAGACACAUUGAUCAUAGUGGAUAAAAAAUUGGUCAUCGGAAGGCCAGGCGAAGACUUCCAUGAACAUCCAUCAUGCUCAUAUUCUCAAGUUGAGGCCUCCGUCUCAGAUAAUAAAGGUACUUAUGUUAGUUUGUGUAGUGUAACCCAGUGUGAGGUGUCUAAAACAUGUGCAAUUGAAAACCAUGGUUGCAGAAUGUGCGUAAGAGCCAUUCAGAAAACAGCUAUUUUAAAGAGAAAUCAACUGUAA